AUGCUAUUCAAGCAAUCAACCCGACACCUCGCGCUCGCGACGCGUAUCUCAUCACCCAUUCUAUCUGCUAUUCCCAGGCGAUCAUUCACAUCAACGCCUGCACAGCUUAACUCGGCGCAGGCGCAGCAGCCGAGCUCGUACAGGCAGGGGAUGUCCAACUACAAAACCUUCAUGGGAGCCUUCGGUAAGGUUUUCCUGGGUGCUGUGCUCACGUACCAGAUCAUUUACUGGACGUGGCUGAAGCUGGAGACGGAUGAGUCUAGAGUUGAGAAGAAUGAGGAAAUGGCUACCCUGGAGAAGAAGGCUCGGGAGUUGGCGGCUGCCAAGCAGAAGUGA